AUGUUCGGUGAAACCGGACUCCUGCAGACCAUCCACGCCCGCAUCUUCGCGGCACUCCAACUCACCCCGCCCACCGCCGCCGCCGCUGCCCAGGGCUAUCAGUCUGUCAACUCCACCGACGACGAGAUGGCAGCCGAAACCCAGCCCACGGCCAACGAGACCGUGUUUGCCAAAUCAGCCGUCGACGACGCCGCCAACUACGGCACCGCCGACGACCGCGUCUCGUCAUCCUCCACCACCGACGGCGAAGCCGCCGCGGUCGCCGCCGGCCUCUCCCACCUCGAGUCCCGCGAAACCCGGUGGUACUCGUACCUCCUAACCAAAGACUUCUGGCUCAUCAUCGCCGUCGGCCAGAUCCUCUCCCUUUGCAUCACCGCCACCAACACCUUCACCAGCUUCCUCGUCAGCGUCAACACCAACAUCCCCGCCUUCCAAACCCUCUUCAACUACGCCCUCCUGACCCUCAUCUGGCUGCCCAUCACGCUGCGCCAGCACGGCUGGCGCAAGCUCCUCUCCAUCGCGGUGCGCGACGGCUGGAAGUACUUCAUCCUGUCCUUCCUCGACGUCGAGGGCAACUACUUCACCGUGCUGGCCUACAACUCGACCAACAUCCUCUCGGCCCAGCUCAUCAACUUCUGGUCCAUCGUCUGCGUCGUCGUGCUGUCCUUCUUCCUGCUCAAGGUCCGCUACCGCCUGGUCCAGGUCGCCGGCAUCCUGAUCUGCUGCGGCGGCAUGGGCCUGCUGCUCGCGAGCGACCACCUGACGGGCAGCAAUGGCGGGCCGGGGAAGGAUAUGCUCAAGGGGGAUUUGUUUGCCCUGUUGGGUGCCACCCUGUACGGCGUCAGCAACGUCUUUGAGGAGUGGUUCGUCAGCAAGCGGCCGGUUUACGAGGUGCUGUCGUUUUUGGGUGUGUUUGGGGUAUGCAUCAACGGCGUGCAGGCGGCUAUCUUUGACCGCCACGCCUUUGAGGGCGCGACCUGGGACGGCCGCGUCGCGGGGUGGCUGGUGGGCUACACGCUGUGUUUGUGUCUGUUUUACAGCAUGGUGCCGCUCGUCCUGCGCAUGGGCAGCGCCGCCGUCUUUGAUGUCAACCUGCUGACGGCCAACUUCUGGGGCGUCAUCAUCGGCACCCGCGUGUUUGGCUAUGUCGUGCACUGGAUGUACCCGAUCGCGUUUGUCUUGAUCAUCUGUGGGCUGGUCGUCUACUUUUUGGCUGGCAGCAUUCUGGGCGACUCCAAGAAGCCGUGGCUGGGCGAUGACCAGAAGCACGGGAUUGCGGGGAUUGGCACGGCCAAGCUGAAGGCGUUGAAUGAAGCGAGGAAGAAGGGGCUGGCUGGGGCGAGUACCGAGGGGGGGGAGGCCGGGCAGGUCGGAGGGGCUUCGGGGGGGCAAGCCUAG